UGCCUGGCCUCGACUGAUGGGCAUCAGAAACUCCAGCGAAGGCCGUCGUAGGGUCUUCGAAGACCAACAGGCGAGGGAUCCCGGCAGCCCUCGUCGGAUGGAAGCUGGGCCUAGGCCAAUCAAAUGAGGGUUGAUUGUACAGCCAUUUUUGUUCUACGUACUCCGUAGACUUCCUUGGGUUCCUGGCUUCGCAAUGGUGUGUGUUUGUUGCACAUGGAUGCCUCGACGGCCUGCCCGUCGUCGAGGGUUGCUCGGCCUGGCCAGCAGCCGCUCUUUCCUCCGCCCGUGCAAUUGGCGCGAGCUUAUUUGCUUCAAUCCAAUUUAUGCCUUUGUCCGCCCAUCCCCAUACUGCUCGGCAGGCAAGAUCAGACUCUGUCUGGCUGCUAAACCUUCUGUCACCGGGAGGCAGCGGUAUAGACCCCCGAGCUGCAGAACCCGUAUCCAGCGCCAAACACGCCACGCCACCGCCCACCUCCGACUUGCAACCCGGCGCUCUGUUGUUACGUAUUGCCCUAUCUCAUUCGACCGCUACGUAUGUGCCAUUACAGAGACAACCUGCUUCGUAGGAUUGCGCCUCCGUGCCGCUCGCCACGGCGUGUAUUAUCACUCACUCCGUUGGCACAUAUACCCCCACAUGACGUUUAUCCUCUCCAACUAUCCAAUCCUAGCUGGGCAUCCGGAAACAGCAACAGGGUAAUAUCGCCAAGGGUGCUCCCGAUAUGACGAAAGGACUGGCCAAAUAAUGGCGGCAUCACUCACUAAUACCUUCAGUCUGGUACCUCGCCUCAGAGCCAAAGAUCAGCACCGACCAACCCGGCUGGCAAAACGUCAUGUUCCCCUCACGUCCUCUCCACAUCCUUGGAGCAUU